GAAUGCUCAGUCUUUCUCGUUCCCUAGGCCGAGUAACCGCGUCUGGAUUUUGUUUACAUUUUUAACCCGCGGCCCAUCACCGGGUCCAAGGGUUCAAUUAAAUUUAUACGCAAAAAAACGAUAAAUAGUAAAUUAAAAAAAAAAUUGAGGAUGGACGGUGAAUAAUUGAAAGUUGAGGUCAUAAAUGAAAUUUAAAAAACUUAAGUAAAAAAUGAUUCGACUGAAAUCAUUGUUGAUUAUUGCCGCUGCGAUUCUUAUGCCAUUAGUCGACGCCGUCCAUCGUGACAGACUCCGCGGAGAAAACCAUAAUAGCACCGCUGAUAAUAAUUAUAGCUUGAAAAAUAAUAACGAUAAUAAUCGUAAUCAUAAUGAUAACAACAAGGUGUCCAAGAGAGCUAAGCCGCUUGAUCCGGAAGACGACUAUUAUUAUUAUGAUGACGUAGACGAGAGGAAUAAUCCGACAAACGAAGCGCCUGUUGUCCCGCCAGGGUUUUUAAGUCCUUCUGUCAGAGAGUAUCUUGAUCUCGGUAAAUCUAUUCCAGGUAGACCCGGAACGGACUUUCCAGUCUUAGGAAAAGUUCCUUACACAAACUUCUACUGUGACGACCAGGAGUACCCUGGAUUUUUCGCGGAUGUGGAAACACGCUGUCAGGCCUGGCACUACUGCGACAUUGACGGCCGACAGGCAACAUUUUUGUGUCCCAAUGGGACUCAAUUCAGUCAAGCAGUGCUGGUCUGCGACUGGUGGUUCAACGUCAGGUGCGAGCUGAGUCCCAAACUGUACGCAAUUAACGGGAGACUCUACCAGAGGCCCACUGAGAGUCCCACGCGGCCUCACCGACUCAUCACCAAGGAGCUUUUGGAGAACAUAUUCGCCAAGAAGUGAAAGUUAGAUUUUCUCACCAAGAAGCUUAAGUUCGACUUUCUUACAUUAAAAACAAACUAAUUUAAUAUUUCUUGUACUCGCCUUUUUUCAAACUCCAAUUGGAACCUCUCAGAUUUUCUUUGAGUUAAGAAAAAAUAAAACGUAACUAUUUUUGUUCACCGUCGUAUUUUUCUUGUGAGAGAGACGUCGGAAGAGAAGAAUAGCAGGUACAUACCCUGACUACACGAGUACGCUGAAAAUUUCCGAUAGGUGUUUAAAUAUAUAGAUAGACAUAAGUAGGGGAACGGUUGGAUGUUUUUAUUUUUUUUUUUUUUUAUGAGAAACUAAGUCCGAUGGAAUUUUAGCGAAGCCGUAAGCGACAGCCAUUGAGACGCUCGGAGAAAUGCUUUUGCGACGAAGAGAAAAUAUAAAGGAUAAAAGAAAGUUAUCAACAGAACAAACUAACAAAUUAAAAUAAAAAAAGCCAAUGUAUUUUGUCUUAUUAAGAGGGAUUCAAAAAUUUUUAAAGAAUGUUGAGAAUACAACGAAAAAAUUUAGUUUUAAUAACAAAAAAAAAUUAUAAUAUUUAUUAUUGAUGUUAAAGUUAGAAUAUUUAUGCAACAGAGUAAUUGUUAAUCAAAAAAUUUUAAAAUAGAUUGAAACUUUAAUAAUUUUUUUACGACGGUAACUUAAAGUGAUUGUCUAAUAAAAAUGCUGUUCUCAUUUUAAGUUAUGAAUACAAUUGCACAAACAAAAAUAAAUAAAGUUCAAAAUGUCUUGGGGAUAUAAUUCCAAAUUAAAAAGCUAGUUGA